AUGCCGGGGAUGACGCAACGAGAGGGGGGAUGGGUUGAGUACAGAGGUGAUGGUUUGAGUUUCUCCUUAUGUCUUUGCAGUCGGGCACCGCAAAUGAGAGCUGCGCCCCCAGCACCUGCUGCUCGGGCCCCUGUCCCAGCAGCGGCACCACCUUCUGCCGUGGCCUCUCCUGCACCGAAGCAGCCCGGUCUGAUGGCACAGAUGGCUACAACGGCGGCAGGAGUCGCUGUAGGCUCUGCUGUGGGCCAUACCAUAGGUCACGCGCUUACAGGAGGAUUUGGAGGAGGAAGCAGCUCUGAAGCUGCGAGGCCCGAUAUCACUUAUCAGGAACCGCAAGCGGCUCAGCCUGCCUACCAGCAGCAGCAGCAGUUUGCCCCUUGUCAGUAUGAAAUGAAGCAGUUCCUGGAGUGCGCGCAGAACCAGACUGACCUCAAGCUGUGCGAGGGGUUCAGCGAGGUCCUGAAGCAGUGCAGGUUUGCUAAUGGAUUAGCUUAAACCUGCAGAAUGUGGAAGCUGAGAAC